AUGAUCGCUAUCGUCUGGAAAUUCCUCAGCUUCAUCGUUGGUCUGAUAGCUGCAAGAGGAUUCAUUCAACCCCCUUUAUUUCCUGCGGAACGAAUCGUCGAGGGGGAAUCGUUUCUGCUGAAUCUCACCAGUAAUCCCAGUGCACCGUCACUCCGAAUCCUGGAACACACCAUAACACCGCACGAUGUGAGUCUGGAACAGCUAAAGCUUACCGGACGGUAUGUUCUGCUGGCCCCCGAGGAAGACAAUAUGUACUUUGUUGGAUUCGAGCAAACCGUGAACAAGAACACUGCAGCCAAGGAAAUUAUUUCUGACUUGAUACAGAAACAUGCUAUUACAAGUGUGUACAAAGUGAAAAGAACGCAUAUUUCACAACCGAUGGGGAAGAUUUAA